AUGGGGUCUGAUACCAGUACACUUCAGUGCGACCCCGAGUAUACAUACGUCCUCACGCCCACAAAUGCCAGCAAGUUCAUGUACACGGACGUGCAGAAGAUAACGGCAUCUUACAUCCUUCCGUGCAUACUGUUCAUAGGACUGCUCGGAAACAGCGCGUUCCUCUUCGUACUCGCACGGGUACGUAGCAUGCGGACUGUGACUAACUUCUACCUUGCCAACUUGGCUGUUGCCGAUAUGGUGUUUCUGACAAUAGUUGUGACAAGUCGGGUUUACCCCUUGGCGGUGUACGGCGUACCAAAUGAAGUGCUAGGCGUCGGUGGUUGUGUCGCAGACAUCCUCUUCCGCUACAUAUUCCACUUUGCAGGGCUUCUACUCAUCACCUUCAUGUCCCUGGAGCGAUACAUCGCCGUGUGUCAUCCGCUGCGACACCGGAUCAUCAGCGGCCGAAGCUGCACCGCCAAACUGGUCCUGGCUUGCUGGCUGACAUCCUCAGCGCUGGCGGCACUCCUGAUCCCCAGCUCCAUGGUCUUCAAACUCUACUGCGUCCAGUGGCCUGAGGAGAACCCACUGCCUUACCAGAACUUUCCCGAAGUCAUAGGGGCAUGCUGGGGGCUCGACCAACCUUGGGCGAUCCCGCUCUUGCACCUAACACAGACAAUACCAUUCUUUGUGGCCUUCUUUGGUAAUGCCUACUUCUACGCCCGGAUUGUCUUCAAACUCCAUAAAAGAGACUCAUCCAGCGACAGACAGCGUAUCAUUCGAACCCGUAACCACGUUGCACUGAUGCUUGUUGCCAACGGAACGGUAUUUUUCCUGACUGUCACCGCCUUUGAGGUGACAUCACUGAUACUCUUCGUUCAGAAGUUUAUUGAUGAUUUCGUCAUCAUACCGUUCGACAUUAGGAUAAACCUAUUUGAAGCAAACCGGGUCCUCCUCUACCUAAACUCCGCCGUGAACCCCAUCGUGUACACCCUUACCAACGCCCGGUACAGGCGUGCUUUCAGGCGGGCGUUCCGAACUGCCUCGUGGGGUAACGGACGCGGGGGGAACUCGACGAUAUUCAGCGCGUUCCCCGAUUAUUACUCCCAGUAUCACAUCAACCCGGGCGGACUCACGCCCCUCCCUCGCCUCCAAUCGCCGGCAAAGAGCCCAAUGGUGGCGCGGCCGGCAACCUACUCCAACGCCUGUUUCGAACAUGAUGAAUCCGAGUCACAGAACCUUGAUGAAGAUGCCAAAGACAGGGACCAACAAUCAUCCCAAGAAGAACAAACUCAAAAUGUGACUAGCCAUGCAUCACCAGACGAGUGUGAGCUUGAACGUUUGACGUCUGCAGACAAAACAACAGAGGAGCAACCGGUCACAGGACAAGCUUACCAGGUAGAAAAGCAAGACUAG